AUGGGUGUGACUUUGACGAUUCUGGUGAGCUUGCUCUCUGUCCUCUCUUCAGCAUGGUGUGCGAGAAUGGUUGGAGGGAAGACAGAGAUUGUUGACGUGAGAACAAACAAGGAGGUGCAGGAGCUUGGGAGAUUCGCUGUGGAGGAGUACAACCGUGGUUUGGAACAGUGGGAGAACAACGACGGUGGAUUGUUGAAGUUCGCAGAGGUGGUGGAAGCGCAGCAACAAGUGGUGUCAGGGAUGAAGUACUAUAUGAAGAUCGUUGCCACUCAAAAUGGGGUUCAAAUAAUGUUCUCUUCUGUGGUUGUAGUGAAGCCAUGGCUUCAUUCCAAGCAGCUUCUCCAGUUUGAACCUUCAGCAGCAGCUUCAAGUUAA